ACGCGCAUAGGAGGUGGUGGGUUUAACUUUCAGGCGGCGCAAACGUUUCGGUCCACUCUCAAGGCAAGCGGUUCUACUGGUGCGGGGAGAGAGACCUUGAUAUUUAUAGCGGAUAGAGAGAGAGCGCGGGGUUGGGAGGCAGUGGCGGUGGGUGUCUCUCUCUCUCUCUCUCUCGGAGCGGAGAGACCUGUUCGUCACUAAGUGUUCGGCUGUUUCUUCAAAUGAGAAAGUCUGAGAAAUGUGAUGUCCUCUUCUGCGGACGACGCAGCCACGAUGCACAGGCGGGGACGCAUCGCUUUUUGCAGCCGUCACCUCAUGUUUGGAUUGUGGAGAAGUCAAAGGUCCCACAGUGCUGAAUUCUGAAUGACAUCAGCGCCAUAACCGACAUCAGCGCACAUCACCAAGGAGCCUACUUAAACCGUCGCCCUUCCAUAUCCUCAUUAAAAUCGCUGAGAAGCUCCUCCUGCUGACCUUUUGACCCGCCGCUGCUAUGGAGAACCUCAGUGAGCUCCAGAAUCCGUUGUUGGACAAGAACAGUAAGCACGUGGUCAACGGCUACGGGGGAGACUUCCCUAAUAACCAGUACCAGGAAAACAUUAUCAAUUAUUUCACUGGAGGUGGCGAGGGAGGAGGCGGAGGCGGUGGAGGAAAAGUGAACAACAGCACCGUAGUUAGCGGAGGGGGUUUCAACACCAACGGGAAGGUGAAAUCUCAGCAACUUUUGGACGCCACCUCUCUGCAUCUGGCAGUGGAGGCCUUCUACAGGCCCAACUUCAUCCUGUACAAGGAGGACAGCGGCAGCAUCAAGGCUAAGGAAUACAAAAGUGAGUGCUGCGAGACCACCUUCACAGAGAAGAAGGCGAAGGAGGCAUCCAACACCGCAGGGGCGGAAACACCCGGCACAGAGGAUCCUCAGGCAAAGCUGCUGGAGGAGGCCGAGCAUGUCAAGAUUCAAACAGUUUCCUACGAGGUGGAGGAAGAAGAAUAUGUGGAGUAUGAGACGGACUGCUCCAGCGACAGCGAGAGCGAGGACAACUUCAUCGUCGUCCCGCCACGGGAUCAUCUCGGCCUGGCCAUCUUCUCCAUGCUCUGCUGUUUCUGGCCUCUGGGGAUUGCAGCAUUUUACUUCUCGCAGGGGACCACCAAGGCUGUGAACAAAGGUGACUUCCCCAUGGCCAACAUCGCCUCCCGGCGCGCUCUGUUCCUCGCCGCCCUCUCCAUCACUAUAGGCACUGGUGUGUAUGUGGGGGUGGUGGUAGCUCUCAUCGCCUACCUUUCGAAACCAGGACACAUAUAGCAGCAGACGCGGUUGCUCUCCACGCGCCUCCGGGGAGCCCAGGAAGAGAACAACGCCCUCUAGGGAACUGCAUUGCUCCUGCGGACUUUCAAGGAAAGGUUUUUGAGGAUGUACGUUUUUUUUCUUCCUUUCCGUCCUUUCCAGCCCUUCUCUCCCUUAAGGCUCCCUGUCAGCCAAUAUUAGCCACAAUGACUGGGGAGAGGUCAAGAUGGAGGGUAAGAAGAGGGGGAGUUGGGGAUAGUCAAAGUUUUUUCUGUUAAAACGGGUGUUUUGAGUAAUGGAAGUAUUCAAGCCCAGUUUGCAUCCCAUUGUCUUCAACAUCUUUCGGCUUCAUCCACUUUCUGUCUGGUUGCGAACUUCGUAGUCGCCCUACAGAAACGUUUCGGUGACAAGACUGAGACAAUAAGUCCUUCGACCGAGGCAAUUCUUAAAGACACCAAAAUCCGUCAACUCGAUGUUAUUGUUAUUGAACUGCUGUUAAAACUGGAGUCCUGUCCUUAUCUCACUUUGCCAACCAGGACUGUCUUUAAUAGACCAUAGUUGUCCCCCAUCAACUUCUAUGGCUCCAUAAGUCUGACUUGUCACAAAGUGGAAGAAAAAAAAAAGUGGCAACAAAAGGAGGGCAUUCAUCCCUAAAUAGAAAAAAAAUACAGAGCUACUGAUAAUAGUUUCCAUCUAUAAGGAACAAAAGUCUGAGAGGGUUGAAAAAAAGAGAAGACAGAUCACAUUCAGCCAGGAACAGAGGCUGUUUUCUUACUGAACCAUAUGCACUGGCAUGAAUCACAAGAAUCUCUACGGAGCCUCAGACCCGUGUUUUACCUUGAAGACGACGACGUCCAUCCGUUCAACAUGUGCCCUAAAGUCUAACAAAAAGCUGUUUGUGCCCGAUAUAGUUUGCCUACAUACAUGCAACUGUGCUUUGUUUUUUACGUUUUUCGUAUUUAUGUCGCCAGAUGUCCAAAGUCACCUUGAUUAGUUUAAUUUGAAAGGAAUCUUCAUUUACGGCCUCGGCAGUAAAUCACCGAUGUGAGGUCGGCCGGGUGGUCAGAAAUUCCGGAGGGGGGGGGGGGACUGCGUUCCGGUGUCACUCAUAGAAGAAAAAAAAAUGCUGCCUCUGGUAACAUGGUAUGAAUCGAAGCAUCAGCCAGUCACAGUGGGCGUGGAGGGCCUACUGUAAAUCAGGUAGAUGGUGUCAUUAAAAGGCGGCCUCACAUAUCCUCGGGGGCCGCGCGUAUAAACAAAGUGUCAGCAGCCUGACAGCUUUGAAUGUAGCUCUAAUAAAUUAUUCUUUGCAUGACUCUACCUAUGCCGGCGGUACUGUGCAACGCAUGACCGAGAGGAUUUAGAGCUUUUUUCGUCAGAUCAUAUAAGAAGCUUGAAUUCAAAUUGAUCAGCCUGUGAAGGGGCUCAUAUUUCGCACCAAUACUUUACCCCCUAUUUCUCACUUCAGCCGGUAACCAGAGUAAUUCAUGUUGACGGAGCAUCGGGACGUUGACGAGUUGUGAAAACAGUUUCAAGGAUUCUUACUCGAGUUGAAACCCACUGAUUAUGCUUGUGUGAAGGGCUUAUUAAUGACCGAUGAUUUGAUUGGCUUUUCUCAACUGUAGUCUCCACACCUGGCAGAUGCUAGUUCAUACAGUAAACCCUCAUGAGGUGACAUUAUGCACUUAGUUUUCCCUGCACACUUCCUGCCUUAGUCAUACCUGACAUUUAUGGUGCACAAUUAGUUCCCCUGUAAUGGCUUUUUCUGAAGGGACGUGUACACUCUGGAGCAUUGCCCUUAAAAUAGCACAAGCACAUUCAUUUCACUAAUAAGCCACUUUUGCCAUCACCGGUUUCUGUCAGAGGCUGCGAGUAAAUAAUCCAUUUACACAUCCUCGGGUCUGUGAACAUUUAAAAAUAAACAUGCAAGUCAGUUCCCUGCUAAUGAAGAUUGAAUAUUGAAUGCAUUCGCCACAAGGGGAAGUUCCCGCUGUGCUUUGCUUUUAAUAAAGCUGCAGCUAAUACUUGGAAAAACAUUUUCUUGCCAGCCGGAAUUAGCAAACAUCCAAUCGUCUUAAAGUCAAUUGGAGCAGUCAGACAAAAACCAUAGCUAGAAUGGUAUCCAGUUAGGAGCACACCUCCACCAAGGUCCAACAGUUCCCUUAUGAAACCACAUUUAAAGUCCUCUAAACUUGAUAGAUUUCUUUCCAUCAAGAUCCAAUAAUUUUCCUCUAAGAAAUGAAAGAAAUUGAAAAUCUUACAUCGUCAGUGAUCUUCCCCCUGAUCCGGAUCGGCACCAAAAUGUUAUUUCUUCGUCCUUGAGUCAAACCACAUCCUUCCAACAAGUUUCAUUAUAAUCCCUCCAGUAGUUUUUACUUAAUCCUGCUAAGUAUCUUACAAACGGAUGAAAAGGAUUUUUAGUUGGAUCCCUGAGAUUCAUCUCAUUGAGUUUCUGUUCAUCUGAAGACCCCCCCGGUCAUUAUACUGAAUGUGUCUGAACACACGUCCCUGCGGUAACUCACGAGCGACUGAUUCCAGUUCAGUGUAUGCACACAUCAUGACCAUCACUGUCACUACAAAGAAAUGUUUGCUUUCAUAUCUUGGAGAAAUCUUUAUUGCUGACGAUGCGAUGGCGAUGAUGAUGAUGAACAUGCUUUGUGUUAUGUAGUGUGUCAUUAAAAAUGAUGUGUUUCUAUCUGGCUUCUUUGGCAACCUGGUGUUGUUCCGUGUGUUAGAACAGUAUUUUGGUUUCAAUGCAGUGUUUAUUUCCUUCUCAUUGUGAUGAGCUUGUGUGCAAAUCCACACGCAAAAAUUUGUGUCGUGCACUUUAGCCAAAUUUAACUCUUUUUUUUAAAUUACAUAUAUGUUUUGGGAUUUUUAUUUUUUAAUCUUGUGUGAAGGCAACGUGUACAUAGUGCAAAUAAAGACAUGUUCAAAUGUAAUGACAAAUAAAUCAGAAAGGAAG